GUUUUCGAGUCUGAGCAAAGCGCAUUCUUCCAGGCCACUGCGUGGCAGAUGAGAGGUCGACCACCAUCAUUCGACCCCCUGGAUAAGCGCGAUGCUGCGUUCAUCUCUAGCUACCUUAGCUACUCGUACAAUGUCAUUCUGAAUGUUGAAACUGCAAGCUUCAAACAUCUCCUGUUGAUGACCGACGAUUGCGUCGUCAAGAUAUGUCCCACAAUGGCCAGUGUGUGUCCUACAAGGGCCAGUGUGUCCUACAAUGGCCAGUGUAUGUCCUACAAUGGCCGGUAUGUUUGUCCGCCUCGACCACCAUAGCCGCCGAGCCGACCAUCAUGACGGUAGCCACCACCACCGUGAUGUCUGCCGCCGCCGCCGCCCCCUCCAAAACCAUAGCGUCCAUCUUGAUACGCAGGCUCAGCGCGACGUGGUCCUCGGUUGUAGUAAUCAUUUUGAUAACCACGAUCAUGUCCUCGAGGCCCUGUCGGGUAAUCAUCUCUUGGUGGAGCGGCCCUUGGUGGAGCACGCUCGGCCGGCCCAGGGCCACGACGCUCCUCUCUGCGACGAUCCUCGGCUUCGCGUGCCUGGGCGUUCUCAUCCAUCUCCAUGGGUUCAUCGACUGUGGGUUCGACAUCGACCACGAAAGGCAAUUUCGCUCCUCCGCCAGCUUUCAGGAAGACAUUGAGGGUGCGUCCAUCCGCCUUCUUGCCAUUGAAAGUGUUGAUCACUGCCUCAGCUCCACUCUUGUCCACAAAUGUCAUCUCUGCAAUUACAGUCGGCUCUUCUUCGAGCAGCUUGCACUCAGUGACUGCACCGCCGACAUCAACCAUGACACUUUCAAUGUCCGCGGCAGUGGUGCCCGGGGCGAAGUUCUGGGCAAUGACCACGUGCUGUGUGGCCGCCGCACCUCUGAAGCUUAUGUUGGCACUCCCGUUUGUGGCAACUCCUGGUGCUUCGUAGUUUGCAUAUCCAUUGCUCUCAUUGCUCUUAACGUUGGGCACAAACUCUGAGGGGAGAUGUGGUUGCUGCUGCGGUCGCUGUUCGUAAUGGGUGGAGCGAGCUCGGUGAGGGCCGUUGUGCGCUGGGCGACUGACUUGCGGGGGUGGGCGUGCAUUUCGUGGCGCUGGAGCGGAGCUGACGCGAGGGAGCGAAGCAGGACGCUUCGCGACGCCGACUCUGCUUGCGAGACUGGCCCCAGGAGCAGGCUUUCCUCGCGGACCUUGCGGUGUUUGCGACCUGUUCUUCUUACCGAAGAUCUCUUGCGCGAGCUGCUCUGCCUUCUUCUUCCUUCGGCUUUCUUGGAGCAACUGAUCCAAAGACGGCGCUUGUGGAUUGGCCAUGAUCGCGAUUGCCGCCGUGAUCCGUUGAAGGGUAGAUCAGAUAUGCGCUAAGGUACCUGUAGGGACUUUUGUCAAUGAAUAUUGAGCCUUGCGCGGCGAUGCAACAGUCCAAGGGCAGUAAUGAAGGGAGGCAGGCAGAAGAUGGCUUGUGUACCUCUUAUGCUGAUCGUUGGCGACGGGAUGCCGUUGUGGAGCAAGCCGAGGCGCUAGCUGCUUUUUGACACGUGAUCUCAGGGUCAAGCACGGAGCGGGCAUAUAUUAGAUUGAGUGUGAGGCGGAUCGCUAUACAGGCGCGCUGGAGACCGCUCGAGGAGCGUUCCAGGCCAAUUCGAUAGCCCGCCAGGUAGUUAUGCGUCAGGUCAUGGUCAUCCGCUGCAGGUUGCGAGGCCGGGCUAGCUGAGUACAUGUACCAUUGCGCUGGCAUGUCACAUCUGCUCACCAACGUAAUGUCUAACAGGCCGUACAGUCGGCAUGGUCUCCGGCUGAUUGUGCAACCUGAGACAUUCCUGGGCCAUGAGGACAUGGGGCUGAAGAUGCAAAUAGGGACCGUUGCAUCGCCCGACCUACUUCAUCCAGUCUACGUGGCUACAUUGCCUCGCGACGAUUGUCUAGGAGGAAAAACCCCGUCUGCAUUGAGCGUUAUACUGCGUGCAGGACUGGGUAGAUCUGCCCCAGUGGCAAUGGCAACUGUAUACAACAGCUCGAGAGCCGUACAUUCAGGUCGUUCCCGCCUGAAUGCGCCGUGUGCUGUAAGUAGAGCACAGGCUGUAUCUCGGUCAAGUACAGCAGAUUCGUGCUUUCUGUAUCCGAGAGUGCUUCGUAGCAGCCAGGGAAUCGUCUAGGAGGCUGAGUAUCGAGAGCAUAAGCUCAACCUGUGAUGCUGCUUAUUGCGCUGACCAUCUACACAACCUUGUCUCUCUAUCCUUCCCAUGACCACGUUGACUCUUCUGGGUACAUUGCUCAUGGUACCCGCGGGGUUCUCGAGUUCGAUUUCCACUUGCGGGUCCCUUUCCUCUGCUUUCCGAGUUCCAUUCAUGGACUCCGUAUGCUCUUCCACUGUGCGUUACAUAUUGGGUCUCUAAUGAUAAGUGACGAAAUCUCUCAAUGUCAGCCUCGCGUACCAUGAUAUGCAUGUCCGUGAAAUGAAGCUCUUGGUUGUCAGUGACGUAUCGGCCUGGUAAUAAGUAAUGGUUUAAUAUCCACGGUGGUACGGCCGCCAGACUAAGCGCACCCAGCUCUUUCGACGGCCGUGUCGGCGCCAAUGAGCCCAUGGCUAACUACAAGUAGUCUCGUGUAUCUGAGAUUGAUAUAUGUACCAAUCUCAGUCUCAGCGACAGGUUGAGGAUGGACACCAAUGGUCCAGGAAGCGCUCGGAAGGAUCUUGCGAACUUCUGCCACGCAGGGUGCGGAAGGACAAAGAAUACCCCCUAGGCUCUAUUGAGCUCUGCAAUGGUGCACGAUGGCAAUAGGGCAUGCUGCAAGAUCUGUGCGCAACACCAUUCCUCAGUAUAGAUGUGACUGCGACAGUGGGAUGUAGGUGAUUCGCGCUUGCGAGCAUAAUCCCAAAAGUUCCGCACACAAGCCAGGAGGGAUACUUAUCCCAGCAGAGCUGAGCCACCCCGUCAAGGCACGAAUAUUCGUUGAAUAUGGCAGCAGGCCUAGCAAUGCGUGUGUGGUGACUCGUAGCAGACGCAUUCUUUGGCAGAAUAUGAACCAGAGAACGGGUCGGGAGUCACUGGCCUUGUCGUGAUACAUGUAGUCGCCGUGCCUGUCGACCUGCGACUUCCCCGCUUCGAUCGUUUGGCAGCUACCGUUCGAUCCAAGUGCAAGCAGACGGGACUGUUGCCGUGAUGACAUGCGAUUGCCAUGCGGCGUCUCCUGCGCACCAAGACACACCUUGACUUCCUCCAGUCCUGGUACACAAUUUGACACAUCAACAGCUUGCAACAACAUCUGGCGCCCAGUCGUGUCAGCUUAGCAGCCCCGGACAGUUUACUUCAACAGCACAUCAGCUUCGUAAGACGCGACGUGCCUCAGCUGGGAGACGCCAAAAUGCCUCCGACCGAGCGCGUCGACAGCGUGGCACCAUCAGGUGCACGAGAGGCCUUGCAAAGCAACCUCGAUCACACUAUGACAUUGAAUAAGAAGAAGUCGUGGUUUGACAGCGCUCGCGAGGCCUUUCAGCGAGGCGCGAAGGGAGUUGUUGGUCACUUGAGAAGUGGUGAUCGGAAGAGCAGCAAUGGAGAGGAUCCAGAGUACGUCUGCCCGCAGACCUGACUGUGAAGAUUGUGUGCCAGUGGCUGACAACGCUCCAGGAACGUAGACUGCGAGGCGACCGCCGAAGACUCGGACAAUAGUCCCGGACAGCCAUCGGUGAGCAGUAACCACGACUCGCUCACUCCGUUGCGUCCCAAACGCACAGAACGCCAGAAGUCAUUCACGCCAAAAAGCGCCAUGAACAGUCUACGCCAGCAUAUGCAUCCGAGUGGGAAGGGCAAGGCUAAGCGCGGUGUACUGUCAGACAUUACUGGUAGCCCUUACAGCGAGAUGCGCGGAGACAGUGGACCAGAGGUGUUCACAUCGCAGGCUAAAGGUCCAAGUGUCGCAGCUCGAUCCGGCGAGAGGAGUCCGACGAAGCAACACGGCAAGACAGCCACUGUCGCAAGAAGUAUGAUUGGAAGCUUGCGCAGCCUGAGUCGACGAGCGCAAUCUCUGUCCAAUCCAGCCUCGCCUCCCAGUGAAUACGGCUCGCCCACAAGCCAAGCGAUGGCAACGCCGCUACCAUCAUCGCCGGUCAACGUCCCUGCUCCCACUCUGAAGCUAGAUCUGGGCGACAUUUCGAACAUGUCCACGAGCUUUCUUUCUGAUGUCCCAGGUUUUGAGCAAAAGAAAGAGCUAGUGGCACUUACUGAUUCGGUGGACGACGCCGGCAUGCGGCUACAAACUGAUUACUCUCGUGUAUCAACAGAGUGCCCACCUGAUACUAUCUCGUCCGCUGAUCGCCUCGGUCAAGAUGAGCUGCCAGCUGAUGAGUUGCUCACCAUGCCACAUGACGACAGCGACUCGAGUCCUUCCGAGAGUUCUACCACGCCAGUGUCCGGCACUGGUGUUGAGCUGGAUUUCGACGGCAUCUUUGAUGAGCCACCUUUGUUCGAGAGAAGCGUCGAGGCUCUAGGUUCGCCAGAGAAGCGAGAGAACAAGAGCUUGAAAAAGAUAGUCUCGAUGAAUGCCUUGGCUGGCAAGCACAUCAAGGACUCUCUCCGACGUGGUAUGCGCCUCUCUUCAGCGUCCAGUCGCAAGGUCAGAGACUACUCCGAAUCGACGAUGCAGCACUGGCCGCGCGAUAUGGAACCGCUCACGCAUCAGUUUACGGCUUUGUCGAAGCCGGGUGUAGACCACAGCGAUCCUGCGACAGGUGCCUGGAAGAGUGAAGACCCUUUUGCAACCGGAAACGAUGAUGAUGAUUGGGCUGCUGAUUCGCCAGAACGUGAAGUGUUGUUGCCAGAUUGUCCAAAGAUCGAAUUGCGAACACCCGCAAAUGCUGUCAGGUUACAUAACCAAGACGUGAGCCGCAACGACACCACAUCUUUGGAUGAUGCUGUACCUCAGUUAGGUUUGACGCCUGUUGAGGACGUGCUGCUUGGGCAGAUGCAGGCGCGUUUGAUAGCAGCAAGAGCUGUCGUGGACCAUGCAUCUCACCCAAGGCCUAUGUCUUCUGCUGCGAGAUUGGAACCCGUUUCGGACAGCUUGAAGCUGCAGGAACGAGGCACAGAUGACGCAAGCACCAAAUUCUCCAGCCGCCUCAGUUCAGCGCAGUAUGACCAGUUCCACGCGGAGCACUUUCUUGGACUGGAGGAAUGCCUGCCCGGAGAUCCGCCCCCAAGCACCAUCGAACAGCAAGAAAACACACCCGAGCGUCCGACACGCACUCCAGACAAUGAUCAGCCAAGCACUCCAGAGAUCCUUCGGCCAAGCACUGGUGUUGCAAUGCCGCGGAUCCCAAGUCCGGCUCAAAAGCAAUCAGUAAGCAGCGACACCUGGCAGUUCUCGGUGCACGAUUGGCUGCAGGGAGGACGCCUACCCGCAACUUGGAGCUCGCAGCCACCACAUUACCACACAGGAUCCGAUAAUGCCAGUCUUGAUUCGGUUCCAAUAGCCGAGCACAGAACAACUCCCCAAAUCAGUCCAAAAACGAUGAUCCUUGGGCAUUCGCCGUGCAUGGGAGACCGUCUGAGCUUCGACGUGAACCGUUCCGAUCGCAACAUGCGAUACAGCGCGCUAAGCGAGAUGAGUAAUGCGAGUGUUCCGGAGCACGAAGAAUCUGCAAUGACGUCGUCAAUGCGCCAUCACCGGAUGCUUCAGUGCGCAGGUCUGGAUAGCAGAUAUGAUCGGGAGUCCUCAUUCCCGAACUUUGAGACUGCAUUCACUAGUUCGGCCCGUCGUCCAUUACCCACCGAACGAGUGUCGCUACGUGGGGUCGUCGAUCAUGAACCAAGCUCGGACAGCAUCGAAUCUGAUCUGGAGCAAGUCAUCACUGAUCACUAUGUGUUCCAGAACGCCCUAGGAGACUUCGAGGUGAUGGAAUGUUCAAAUGCCAGCGGCGACGGGGAACCUGUGCCAACGACGUCCACAACGCAAGUCGGUGAAUGCGGGAGUUCAUCGAGAAAUCCUUGCGUCACACCGACCUUCCAGGCCAACGAGCUUCGGGAGCAACUUGAGCAAGGUGAGACAGCAGAUCUUAGCCAGACCAUCGUGCCAUCGACGACAGCCAUCGCUACGGCGCGCGUCCCUUUCCACAACUCGGCUGUCGAUCAAUCGGCAGAUGAAUCAGAGGCAGUCGGAUUGCCGAUCGAGUAUGUUUUCCGGACCCCAGCAAGCGGCAUCUCUCCCACUGAUUCCUUGGAUGACCAUCGUCAUCUGUACAAGAGCUAUGAAGCAUGCCAAAGCCACCUUCCAGAGAAUCAUCUUUCUUCCGACAGCGAAAACUUCAAGGCAAAGUUAAGUCCACCUGCGGACAGUGAUGGGUCGGAGGGAGGGCCCCGGUCGCAGGGUUCCACAAUCGCCGCGCCGUCCAGGCUCAGCGACACUGAUUAUCGCAGCAUCGAAUCCAAGAAGUUCAAAGUUGAAGAGUCGGAUGACCAUGACUUUUGAGGUGCGAUGUGGUAGUAUCGGCGUUCCGCACCGUGUUGCACGUUUCGAAGGGUCAAAAUGGAGAGUCGGGUGUGGUUGCAUCCUUCUGCGAGCAGAGAAUCCCAGGACUCCAAUAGCGCAGUAGUUUGACAUCUGGUAGGGCAGGGAGGUGUACUUUCAUAGGAGCCGAAUAGUGUGUAAAGAAUCCAUCGCAUGCCAACGGCCACCACAAGGUAGCCGACGCGCAAUUGCGUGUGCAUCCCAGACUUUCAUGGUGACAGGUGUCGACCAGGUUCCAGGCGGCAUAGGUUCGGUAUGAAGCUCCGACGGAAGGCUGUUGGACGAUGACUUUCGCGUGCAGGUUGAUGAAAG